AAUGAGGUUAUGUAGCCUUCUCCUUACCUUUACGUAAACUACUUUGCUUUGCAAGUUGCAAGUAGACUUAAUUUUAAUUGAGUCAAAAUCACAAAAGGUAAUUUUAUGAUCAAAAGAUUUACAUUCUUGCACAGAUACACUUAUGAUCUUGUAAACACAGUUUAUUAUUAUACUCCUCUUCAAAAUUAGUCCAAAUUGAUCGACGGUUUAAGUAAAGGAAACUAUAAAUUUAAUAAUCGAGUGUUAUUAUAUGUUCUAUUUGUUAUUCGCCUAUUUAUGGAAGAUAGAGAUGAAUAUCAGUGCUGAUAACAUGAUAAUUAAAACCGAGGCCGAUUCUGAUUCAUCACAAGAAUAUUUAGCAAAGGAUUUUACCAUUAUAGAAAAUGAAAAUGACGAGGAUGAAAUAAAGUUUGAUAGAUUAGCUGUUGAUGCAAAUAAUAGAUGCAAUGAGGGAUCAAAGUAUGUGGGAAAUGUGACAUGUAGAGUGGAGAGCGCAGUUGAGUCGGAUGAUGUCCUUGAUCCGAUCGCAUUCAUUGACGUAUCUAUGGGUGGCUGCGAAGAGGAUUCAGAGUUGUGUUUUGAUGAAGUCAACCCUAAAGAGCUUAUCUCUGUAGAGACCAAGAGUUCCAGGUUAUCAGGAAAUAAACGAAAAACUAAGUUGGUUUGUAGAAAGGAAUUUGACGACAGUGAUGAGAAAACUAACCGAUAUGUCUGCGAAUUUUGUAAUGUGCCUUUCAAAAUGAAGCGAGAACUUGACAGUCAUGUUGAGACACAUUUAGGGAAAACUAACCGAUUUGUCUGCAAAUUUUGUAACGUUCCUUUCGAAAUGAAACGAGAACUUGACAAUCAUGUUAGAACACAUUUAGGGGAAAAUCCUUACGAAUGUAAUGGGUGUGGUGCCGGAUUCAGUAUAAAAACAUUGUUGAAACAACACAAGUGUAAAAAGAAGAGCGAGGAAGAGUUUGAAUGCGAUGAGUGUGGUAAAUGUUUCGCAACAAAGAGGUUGGUGAGGGCUCACGUGUUGACACACAGCACUGAGAGGCCGCAUGCGUGUAAAUUGUGUGGCAAGUCGUACAAGAAAGCGUAUCAGCUGACCCUGCAUAUGAGGAAGAAGCACCUGGGUACGGCACAGAUUUAUAAUUGUGAACUGUGUGACUAUUCGACGCCGUACCGGGCGGGGAUAGACGCGCAUCGCACCAGACACUCGCAGGACUACAAGUUUCGCUGCGACAUCUGCAACAAGGGCUUCAUGGUGGCCUCGUGGCUGGAGGAGCACAAGAACUUCCACACCGGCGAGAGACCGUUCGAGUGCGAUGUCUGUCACAAGCGCUUCUUCUACUCGCGCUACCUCUACUCUCACAAGAAAUACAACCAUCCGCCGCCCGGCGAAACCAAGGUUCACGCGUGCAAGACAUGUGACAAGGUGUUCGCACAUCGCAAAUCGCUGACCAAGCACAUGAAGUCGCACACAGGCGAGAACGUGCACCUGUGCGACAUCUGCGGCAAGGCGCUGAGCAGCUUGGAGCACCUCAAGUUCCACCGGCGCAUUCACACCGGCGAGAAGCCCAACGUGUGCAAGUUUUGCGGCAAGGGAUUCGCCAAGAGCUGCAACCUGACGCUGCAUGUGCGGGUUCACACCGGCGAGCGACCCUACAAGUGCCAGGACUGUGGCAAGGCCUUCUCGCAGCGCUCGACGCUUGUCAUCCACAGUCGCUAUCACUCGGGCCAGCGGCCCUACAUGUGCCACAUCUGCGGCAAGGCCUUCGUCUGUCAGGCCUUGCUCACCUGCCACACCAAGAAGAGCGCCUGUGAUCCCAACGAUAUCGAACGGUACUGCCGUAAAAAUAGUGAUAGUGACCUGUUUGAGGCUGUACUCGCCAAGGCGCCCUCCUAUCAGCUGGUUCACGCGUGCAAGACAUGUGACAAGGUGUUCGCACAUCGCAAAUCGCUGACCAAGCACAUGAAGUCGCACACAGGCGAGAACGUGCACCUGUGCGACAUCUGCGGCAAGGCGCUGAGCAGCUUGGAGCACCUCAAGUUCCACCGGCGCAUUCACACCGGCGAGAAGCCCAACGUGUGCAAGUUUUGCGGCAAGGGAUUCGCCAAGAGCUGCAACCUGACGCUGCAUGUGCGGGUUCACACCGGCGAGCGACCCUACAAGUGCCAGGACUGUGGCAAGGCCUUCUCGCAGCGCUCGACGCUUGUCAUCCACAGUCGCUAUCACUCGGGCCAGCGGCCCUACAUGUGCCACAUCUGCGGCAAGGCCUUCGUCUGUCAGGCCUUGCUCACCUGCCACACCAAGAAGAGCGCCUGUGAUCCCAAGGAUAUCGAACGGUACUGCCGUGAAAAUAGUGAUAGUGACCUGUUUGAGGCCGUACUCGCCAAGGCGCCCUCCUAGUUUCGGCUUCAGCUCUUUGGAGCUGCCAACGGUCGCACUGAUUCCAGGCCUUGCUCAACUUCCACAACAAGAAAAGUGCCUGUGACCCCAAAGAUGUCUAACGGUACUGCCGUGAGAAUAGUGAUUUACCUGUACUCUCCAAGGUGGCGCCCUCCUAGUUUCGGCUUCAGCUCUUUGGUACCAAAUUUCGCUCUGUUUCAAAGAGUCGAGUGCUCACUGUAGUGAGGUUGCAAUGCUGCUGUGCUCAAGUGAUAUUCACUUCAGUCUGUAAGCAUUCAUUGAAUGGCAAACUUUUUAUUGUUUUUAUAAACAAUUCAAACUUAUUGUUUACAUGCAUGCCAAACAUAAACAUCUGAUACAUUCAUGCAGUUAUAAAAUUUGAACAGUAAAA